GCAGUAAUUGGAGUAAGAGAGAAAAUCAAUUAGAGUGAAAGAGAUAGUAAAUUCAAAUUUGUAUGCUGCCUACUAGCUGUGAGAGCGCCUUAAUGGGUUAGAAGAGGAUAGAGAUAUAUUUGUGUUCUUUUCUAUCUCAUGCGUUGGCUUUAAAGGCCUUUUUUGGCCUUUUUCCAAUAGGAUCCCAACAUCAUAUAUUUCGCAAACUCUACGUUGAUUGCGAUGGCAACGCAUUCGUAACCCAUACUUUUAGGUCGUAUUGCAGAAAGACCUUAAGAGAGAAAAUCAAAAUAAAUGAAAUGUUGUUUGUUUGUCGCUCCUAUCCAUAUGUCUUUCGAUAUAAAAAUAUUUUAUUUUAGCAGAAUUUGCCAGAAAGUUUACUAAUAAAUAAGUACAUUAAUAUGGCUUGUUGCAUCCCAGGAUGCAAAACAUCCUAUAGAGACCGGACUUCAGAUAAACUAACAUUAUUCACUCCUUUUAUCGAUGCACAAAGAGAAGAAUGGGAGAAAAUAUUAAAAGAAAAAACAACCCUAACAAAAUGGAAAAAAAAUUACAGGCUUUGCGAGCUUCAUUUUUCUGAAAACGUUAUUGAAAGAGAGAGGAAUGUUUUUAAAAAAAAUGGAAUUGUUUUGAAGGAAGUAAGAAAAAGACCAAUUUUAUCUAACAACGCAAUACCUUCAAUUUUUCCAGAUAUAACGAUUCAAAAGAAACAAAAAGUUCAUUUAGAUUAUUGUGUAAAAAUAUCGCACAGCGUAUUCGAAGAAAGUAUGAAAAAUAGAUUAAUCGAUAAUGUACUUGUGGAUAAAAGUAACAAUCAAUCAUUGAAUUAUUUAUAUUCAAAUGAAAAUGAAAUAAUUUUAAAAACAGAAUUAAUUGAUGACUCGGAAAACUGUACAAUCGUCAAACAUGAAAUAAUCUAAUAUUCUAAUUUGUUUGAAUAGGCUAUUAUGAAAAUUUAACCAUUUUCAAAAAUUGAUUUAAUUUAAUUUUAUAUUAUAUUUAAUUUAAUAUAACAUUUAAUUUAAUGAUUAAUUUAAUUUAGUAAAAUUUAAUUUAAUAAAAUUUAAAUAUUUUAUAUAUUAUUCUCAUCGAAUGCAAAGUUUGGAAAAGAUGUCAUAACUUUCUCGAUACAGGAAGGAAUUCAUUUUUUCUUUACUUAAAAAUGUAAUUAUUAACAUUCAUAAUACUUUUAAUAUAAAUCAUAUUUUUAUAAUAUAGAUUAGAAACAGAAGGGUGCUCAAGUUUUGUUAUUUACACAAAAUUAUACGCUUCUUCGUUUAUGCCAAAGUUUAUAUAAUA